AUGAGUUGUAACUUUGUACUUUGCACGCAAUUCACUUGGGGGAGUUUCAGUUCAACAAGUGAGGAGUGCAAACGACAUUCGCAUGGAAAUGCAUUGUACCGAGUCGUUGUCCACUCGUCACCAAAGAGCGAACCCGAAAAUUAUUUGUUUG